AUGUCUUCCGAUCGCGAUUCCUUUUGGGUGGUGGCUGCCCCUUCACGAAAUUGGGACGACAUCCCUACGAUUAACGUCUGCGGCCACGAGGUACCAUUACCCGCUUACUGGAAAAUUGUCGACCUCCUAGAAGACGGGAAGGGCAAAGAGGACGUUGUACAAUCGGUCAUUUUACAUACUGGGCGGAAAACUGUCCAAGUCGUUAUGGAUGUUGUUGAUAGUGUGGCAGAAAACCAACAGCUUAUCUUUCGACGGGCGACGAUAUCUAACAGACUGAGCAUGCCCUUCAAGAAAUCCAAACUGAUCAGCUCAUCUCGCAAUCUAAGAAAUCAGAGCUACCGCGAUUCCCAAGCAGCGGACGGUGCCCUCGAGGCAGCAACACAACGGGAGAAGGAACUGCUUAACGAUGCGCUUGCCAUUGCUCACAGAAAGGAACAAAUGACGAAGAGAGACAUGAGUCCUGACGACCGACGAAAAACAAUCUCUGCGAUUGACCAUGAAAUGAAGCAGGUUCUCCGGCGACAUCAGGAAGUAGAGGCCGAGAUCAAGAAGGCAAAGCGCCUCACUGCUUUGCACAAAAGGUCAUGA